CCUGUUCUCUAACUCUCCACGUCUGUCCCAAAGUCAUCUCAUCUUUCAUUUAACGCAUCAUCUGUGCGGUUUCUUUCAGUCCUACCUUCGGAUCCCAUUCGUGCUUGCACUACUCCUUCGUCAGUCAAAUCAGUCAAGCCAACUAUCACGCAAGGAAUCGCGUAGUCGUGGACCAUGGUGUUUUACCGUUUGAAAGAUCUCAUAAAGGCCAUCCGUGCCUGUAAAACUCACGCGGAUGAGCGUGCAGUCAUCCAGAAAGAGUCAGCAUUCAUUCGUACAUCAUUCAAAGAGGAAAACACAGAACUCCGUCAUUCCAACAUUUCGAAGCUUUUGUAUAUCCAUAUGCUUGGCUAUCCUGCUCACUUUGGUCAAAUUGAAUGUCUAAAGUUGGCUGCCAGUCCUUUGUUCUCAGAUAAGAGACUUGGCUAUCUUGGAACCAUGCUACUUCUGGAUGAGAAUCAGGAAGUUCUUACCCUAUUAACAAACUCUUUGAAAAAUGACUUGAACCAUUCCAAUAUGUACAUUGUUGGAUUGGCGCUUUGCACGCUGGGCAAUAUUGGGUCUGCAGAGAUGUCACGAGAUCUUUGUUCAGAAGUCGAGAAACUUCUUGGAAGCUCCAAUAUGUAUAUCAGGAAGAAGGCGGCUUUAUGUGCUAUCAGGAUUAUCCGUAAAGUUCCUGACCUGCAGGAGAACUUCAUCCAGCGGGCCUCGUCACUUCUGAACGACCGUAAUCAUGGAGUCCUUCUUUCAGGCAUCACUUUGAUUACCGAAAUGUGUUUAGCCUCCCAAGAGACACUUUUGCAUUUUCGCAAAGCGGUUCCUGUGCUCGUCCGUCACUUGAAGAGUUUAGUCAGUGCCGGCUUCUCCGCAGAGCAUGAUGUAACUGGAGUAACGGAUCCCUUCCUGCAGAUCAAAAUUUUACGUCUGCUUCGCAUUCUUGGAAAGGACGACGUAGAAAGUAGCGAGGCUAUGAACGACAUCUUGGCGCAGGUAGCCACUAAUACAGAAGCGUCUAAGAAUGUCGGCAAUUCCAUUCUCUACGAAACCGUGUUGACGAUCAUGGAGACACCAUCGGACAAUGCUCUCAGAGUCCUUGCGAUCAACAUCCUUGGAAAGUUUUUAAGCAAUAGAGAUAACAACAUCAGAUAUGUCGCGUUGACCACUCUCAACAAGUCAAUCUCACUGGAUGUCAACGCUGUUCAACGCCAUCGCAAUAUUAUUUUGGACUGCCUUCGCGAUGCUGAUAUCUCCAUUAGGAGACGCGCUCUUGAGUUGUCUUUCUCACUUAUCAAUGAGUCUAAUGUUCGAGUGCUAACUCGAGAACUUCUGGCUUUCUUGGAGGUUGCUGAUAAUGAGUUCAAGCCUAGUAUGACAACGAAGAUUUGUCUCGCUGCAGAAAGAUUUGCACCCAAUAAACGCUGGCACCUUGAUACUGUUAUGCGUGUGUUGAAGCUGGCAGGAAACUAUGUCCGCGAGGAGAUGUUAGCAGCAUUUAUUCGUUUGGUGACUCAGACCUCUGAACUUCAAGGAUACACCGUCCAAAAGCUGUAUACAUCUCUCAAGGAGGACAUCUCUCAAGAAUCACUUACCUUGGCAGGUGUCUGGGUCAUUGGUGAAUAUGGAGAUAUUUUGGUCAGUGGUGGCAGUUAUGAGGAGGAGGAACUUGCUAAGGAGGUUUCUGAGUCUGACGUAAUUGAUUUAUUGGAGUCCAUUUUGGCUGGACCAUUCGCCAACCAAGUUCUCCGUGAGUAUGUCAUCACGGCCCUUAUGAAGCUGACGUCCCGGUUCACUUCCCCCACAUCCUCAGAAAGAGUCAAGCAACUGCUUGUAGGUUUUUCCACCUCUAUUGAGGUUGAAAUCCAACAACGUGCUGUUGAGUUUACCAAUCUCUUCCAAUAUGACGAGAUCCGCCCGGCUGUACUUGAACGAAUGCCUGUUAUGCAGAUCAAGGAAACCAUCAUCGCAGGCGAAAACCUCAAUAGUGCAGCUUCAGGCAGCUCAGGAACACAGGCAAGCAGUUCAGCGGGACCAAGUGACCAGGAUCUUCUUCUCGAUUUGAUGGGUAUCGGAACUAGUGGAGGCACCACUAAUGCACAAAUUUCAACAGGAACACCGGCGUCGUCCGGAAAUGGUGCUGGUAACAAUAUUGACCUUCUAGCUGAUCUCUUUGGCGGAUCAAGUGUAUCCAGUCCACCAGCGGCCACCAACCAAUCUGCAGCUGCUGUUAGUAACCUCUUCUCAGGCAUGGGUGAUGUCGCUGCUGCAUCGCCUUCGCCUUCGGCCGCCGGUAACAAUAUUUUGGAUCUUCUUGGAGGGGGUAUGGCUGCGCCAUCUGCAUCGCCCACGUCUACUCCAGCAAAUGCCAGGAACGCAUCAAGUAAUAGCAACGGAUCCACGUCGAACCAGUCAACGCCCUCUCAAAAGACUCACCCUGUCUACUCAAAGAAUGGUCUUAAUAUUGUAUUUAACCCACAGCGCGAUAGUACCAAUCCUAAUGUGGUCAACAUUCAGGCAACAUUUACAAACGAUAGCAAUCUCUCUGGAGGCACUAUCAGUGGUCUUCAGUUCCAUGCGGCCGUUCCCAAGACACAGCAAUUGCAGAUGCGCCCAGCGUCAUCUAAUGAGAUUGCUCCUGGAGGUUCUGCAACUCAGUUACUCAAGAUCGCCAACCCUCAAAAAACACCUGUUCGACUUCGUCUCAAGAUCGUAUAUACCACAGCGAACCAUGGUGCCGUGACUGAUCUCUCAGAAUUUGCAGGAUUUCCAGAGGGUGCUUAUUAAGUCUAGAAGUACAGAAAGCAUAGGCAUGAUACAAGCAGGAGAAAACUUUGAGUUAAUAGAUGAAUAGGCAAUAAUUCUUUUU